GUUUGUGUGUGUUGUUAAUUUCCAAAGUUAUUAACAAGAGAAACCAUACCAGCCAUGGCUCUCAAGACCAAGACUUCUCUUAUAGUUCUUCUGCUAGUCUUCAUUUUCAUUUCUCCAUCUUCAGGCCUGGUUGAAGGUUUUAGGGAAAGCCAGUAUCGUCCUCGCGACUUACUUUACAAGGAUGGCAUGAAGAUGAACUCGAGGAAGCUGCUAACCCAUGGAUUUGAGCUGGACUAUGAUGAUGCAGGACCCAACCAAAGGCACACAAGAAAGCCUGGCAAGGGAACUUGAUGGCCUUUAAGUUCCUAACCAUCUGAUGAUUCGACUGUGUUUUUCUCCCUCCCUUGCUUCUAUAUGUUCUGUUCGGGUGUUAAGAAACAUCGUAUGACGAUAGAUGAGUUAAUUUACCUGUCCGCUGCUCGUGUGUGUGACGAGGCAAUAAAGCAAGAUAUUUUUAGUGUGUACACCAGAUGCUUGUUUAUGCAGGGACCUCUAAGCAAAAUAAGAAUAAUGUUUUGCAUUUGUUUAUGUAUUGAGAAUAAAAAUAUAAACUAGAUGUGGCUUCUAUACAUUACGCUAGUCUCAUAAAUGAGUUCUAUUACUUAUGGUUUAUAAAUGAAAGAGUUUUAUAUGAAUUUUA